CCACGAAGCGUUCAGAGUUCAUUCAGGACCAGACGGAGCUCGGUGAGCGCGCGCUGCGCGGCACGGCACGGGAAAACCCCCCCUCCGUCUGAAUAACAACCAGCAGACGCGCGCUCGCACCUCUGACCAAAUUCCCAAUUUAUUCUGGAUUUACAGCAAAGAGGAAAGAUCGCUCUUCGUUACCAGAAGGAUUCUUGAUCACUCCUUUCAUUUUAUUUUAAUACAUUACUUUCAAUCACGCUGACGGCGCGCGCCAUGCAGCGAAGAUAAAAAGAAAUUGGGAGCCUGCAGAUAGAUUUCUUCACUCCGGAUCGCUCGGAACGCGAUGAGAAUCGAUUCGGUCGCGUUCCGGGGAUCUCGUGUGUUCGCCAGCGACCGUGUGUGCGGUCCGAUCCUCCAUGGGAAGCAGUGAAAGCGCGCGAGAGCGGAGAUGAGAGCCGCGCUCUGCUGCCUCCUCGCGUGCUGCUGCUGCUGCUUCUCCGUGCCGCACGCCGCCGCAACCGCCGCCGCAACCGGGGAGGCGUUGAUUCCUCGAGAGCUCAUCGAGAGACUGUCCAACAGCGAGAUCCGCACCAUGAGUGACCUCCAGCGGCUUCUGGAGUUACAAUCGGCCGAGAAUGAGAUGGUUCAGACGAAACGACGCUACAGCAAAGAACUUCUCGACCACAACAGCAAGAGAGUACACACACGGCUGAGACACAAGAGAAGCAUUGAGGAUGCAGUCCCGGCCGCGUGCAAGACUCGGACAGAGGUGUACGAGAUCCCACGCUCUCAAGUGGACCCUACGGCGGCCAACUUUCUCGUCUGGCCACCGUGCGUUGAGGUGGCACGGUGCUCGGGCUGCUGCAACACCAGCACUAUGCGCUGUCAUGCUUCCAAAAAACAACACCGGAAUGUCAAGGUGGUUAAGAUCGAGUAUGUGCGUCGCAAGCCGAAGCUGCGGGAGGUGCAGGUGCAGCUGGAGGAUCAUCUGGAGUGUGUGUGCGUGUCCAAACACCACACAGAGUCACGCUUACACACAGAUGUUCGAUGAACCUAACUGGAUCAACUUACGGAGUGUGUGGUGAUGAUGAAGGGCCAGCUGUCGUUUGUCCAAUCAAAAUCUUCCAGCAAGAAAAAAGGCGGGCCCCAGCAUACCAUCUCCGCAAUUUACUCUACCUGGCCUGGAUUAAGCAAAACAGAAAGUUGCAGGGCUUUCAGAUUGUUGGACUGGAUGUCUCUUGGACUUGAAAAAAACUGAGACAUAAAAAAAAAGACAUUAAGGAAGCGGAAUUCAGAUCACGGAUGGAUUGUUUUCUUCCUCGGCUUCAGCAUGGAGUCUGAACGCUCAGAAUGGACGCUCCCAGGCUUGGAUCUUGGAUCUACCUUAUAUAACGGACAGACACAAUUAUUCACUUCUAUAGCAAGAUUGCUUUUUUCCAGCAAACACUUCUUUGUUUUUUUGUUUUUCAGUUAUACACACUUAUUUUUGUAGCCCCAUUUUCUAUUGAGACUCAUUUGCUGUAUGUACAGUAGAAAAACAGCCUUUAUUAGCCUUUAAUAAACUAUUUAUAAGUGCA